AUGAACAAGUCAGUGCGCAUUUCGGUUCCUCCCAAGAAAGAUGAGAAUCGCGGUCCAUCGGGAAUGGAAGAUGAAGAAACUGGAUUCAGCAAAGAUUUGACGACCACCAGCAACUCUAGUGACGACGAAGAUAUGCUGUCAAGGAGGUAUUCCGUCAAUAAGUCCACCAACAGUCAUCUCCACAUGCUGACCACCUAUCGAGUUGGAGAAAGCAAAGUGGAGAAGAUGGCCACGAAAAUCCAGAAACGGCUAGAUGAGCGGGUUCCAGUGACCUUUAAAGCGAGGAAGACAUUCCUGAAGCACUGCAGGAAGAUCGCUUGUGACAAGGGGUAUUCGAAACUCUCGCGUGUCAAGUAUAGCGACAUUCUGCGAUAUCAUGAUGAGGUGCAAGAAGAUGCCACGGACUGCGAUACGGAGGGUUACAUCUCAAGAGCUAGUCACUUUUGUGGCGUCCUAAGCCACACGCAGUGUUUGGCAGAAAUUCUGGAGAAGGCCAAGAUAGUUGGAGAGAACGUAGGUCUAGAACCCGACGAUGACUUUCACUACCAGGACUUCAAUUUCUUCCACACUACGUUGGUGUCUCGAUGGCCUUUCAUGCGCCAUGACCUCCUCAAGGCUUUUGGAAUCAUUCUCAUCUUCUACUUCCUUACUCCCAUCCUCUUUUGCGUAAUCAUGAACGAUGAAGGUGUCUGUCCCUCAGAUUCAAAAGUUCCUGGUUGGGUCAAUGCACUCUACUUUGCCAGCACUACGAUGUCCACAGUAGGAUAUGGUGAUUUGAGCGUGGAGAAACAAGAUUCUUGGAGACUGGCUAUCGGCAUGUUCUACAUGAUCGCUGCAAUUAUCGUGGCCAUCACGGCUUUUGCUGCCGCGGCAGACAGCGCCUUGUCCCCCAUGAAGAAUCUCUACAAGUACAUUGCUCAUAUGACACCCCUAACAUAUCCCGAGGGUCCUCUCCAGGAAGGGGAGCUGCUGUAUCAACGAGUUCGCAAAGUCACAAUUAUUUCAUUGUUUGACGUUGCGUUCCAGUUCACCGUCUUGAACUUUAUUGGUAUCUUUGCCAGUCAACUCUUUGUGGAGUAUGCCGAAGUCGAUCCCGAGAGGAAGUGGGAUUGGGUUGAUAGCAUGUACUGGGCCGUACAGACAUCGACAACAGUGGGCUACGGGGAUCUCAGCAUGCCAGAGUACAUGAGGCCAUUUCAGAUCAUCUAUCUUUCGCUUAGUACUUACCUGACUGGUAGUGCAUUGGGACGUUUAGCUUCUCUCAAGGAGGAGAUUGAGGCGAUUCGGCGCCACCAUGCCUUCGAAAGGAGGGAAGUGAAUAAGCACAUGAUGCACUACCUGGCUUCAACUGAUGACCCUACAAGAGUUGACCAGUACGAGUUUGUGAUUGCGUCUCUGCUGAAUCUAGGAAAGAUUGACGCCGGAGACAUUGGGCCAAUCAUGGACAAGUUUAGAUCAUUGGCUCGUCAUUCGGGACACAGUGGUUUCAUCCGUGUUGAAGACAUCCCCGACGAGACGGAUUCGCCUUUGGAUGAUGAUGAACUGGAGGAAGUUGAAGGAGUUGAAGGAGCCUAG